AUGAGCAACAUCUCCUAUCAUAUCUCCAGCCUCCUGGAGAAAAUGACGUCCAGCGACAAGGACUUCAGGUUCAUGGCCACCAACGACCUGAUGAUGGAGCUGCAGAAGGACUCAAUCAAGCUGGAUGAAGACAGCGAGAGGAAGGUGGUGAAGAUGCUUCUGAAGUUGCUGGAGGACAAGAAUGGAGAGGUGCAGAACUUGGCAGUAAAGUGCCUGGGUCCUCUGGUGGGGAAGGUGAAGGACUACCAGGUGGAGGCCAUUGUGGACACUCUGUGCAGCAACAUGCUAUCAGAUAAGGAGCAGCUCAGAGAUAUCUGCAGCAUCGGUCUGAAGACCGUAAUUUCCGAACUUCCUGCCGCAAGCUCAGGCUCAGGUUUGGCUGCCAACGUGUGUGUCGCAAGAUCACGGGUCAGCUGACCGGAGCUAUCGGUAAACGGGAUGAUGCCGCUGUACAGCUGGAGGCUCUUGACAUCCUGUCGGACAUGUUGGGAAGAUUAGGAGGUGCCCUCUACUCUUUCCACCCUUCCAUCCUCACCUGCCUACUCAGCCAGCUCACCAGUCCGCGGCUCGCUGUGAGGAAGAGAGCGGUGCUGGCGCUUGGUCACCUGGUACAGACCUGCAACGGCAACCUCUUCACCGAACUUGUAGAGCACCUUGUGGGUGAAAUGAAGAAGAACGAGUCUACGUCAACCACCAGAACGUACAUUCAGUGCGUGGCAGCCGUCAGUUGGCAAGCAGGACACAGAUUAGGGCCACACUUGGACAGAAUAGUGCCCCUAGUGGUUGGCUUCUGCAAGGUGGAAGAUGACGAGCUGCAGGAACAGUGUUUCCAGGCCAUGGAGUCCUUUAUAAAACGCUGCCCAAAGGAGAUCUCGUCUUAUGUUCCCACCAUUACGGAUUUGUGCCUGAAGUACAUCGCCUACGACCCCAACUACAAUUACGACAGCGAGGAGGAAGAGGACGCAAUGGAGACAGAGAGUGACGAAGAACAAGAGAGCGAGGAGGAGUACAGCGAUGACGAUGACAUGAGCUGGAAGGUGAGGCGCUCUGCAACAAAGUGUCUGGAGUCUCUGAUCACCGCCCGGCCCGAUAUGCUUUCUCAGUUCUACAAGACCGCUGCUCCCGCCAUUAUCCUGCGCUUCAAGGAGAGGGAGGAGAAUGUAAAGUCAGACAUCUUCUCGGCCUACAUCGCCCUGCUGAGACAGACACGGGCUUCUCAGAGCCGGAGGCAGAAUGUGGAGGCCACUGGCAAGGGGGACUCCCCGCUCAGUGCUCUGCAGAAACAGGUUCCUUCCGUAUUGAAAUCCCUCCACAAACUCCUAAAAGAUAAGAGCACCAAAUCCCGUCAAGGCUGCUUUGCGGUCCUCACAGAACUAACUGGUGCACUCCCGGGCUGCCUCUCCCAGCACAUCCCAGCUCUGGUCCCAGGACUUGUUUUCUCGGUGACAGAUAAAUCUAGUAGCUCCAACAUGCGCUUGGACACUUUGACCUUCUUAAAUGUGAUCCUCAACAGCCAUCCUCCUGAAUGCUUUCAGCCACACCUACCAGCCCUCUUACCCCCUGUAGUCACUUGUAUAUCAGACCCUUUCUAUAAAAUCACCUCUGAAGCUCUGCUAGUGGCACAACAGCUGGUGAGAGUGAUCCAGCCUCUGGAGCAAGUGAAGAGCUCUCAACCUUCACCCUACACAAAGGAACUCUUUGCUGCCACGCUGAAAAGGCUGCAGGCCACGGACAUAGACCAGGAAGUGAAGGAAAGGGCAUUGUCCUGCAUGGGCCAUCUUAUCAGCCAUCUUGGUGACCAACUUGGCAACGACCUUCCCCCCACCCUUCAACUCAUCCUAGAACGUCUCCGCAAUGAAAUUACGCGGCUUACUGCAGUGAAAGUUCUCACUCUUAUAGCAGGCUCUCCACUCAAGAUUGACUUGCGGCCUUUGCUGAAGGACGCCCUGCCCAUUCUGGCUUCUUUUCUGCGGAAGAAUCAGCGAGCUCUGAGGCUCAGUACUGUUUCUUCCCUUGAAGUACUAGUUAGGAAUUACAGUGACUGCCUAAAACCCCCCAUGUUGGAUCCAGUAGUGGCAGAGCUUCCGUCACUACUUGCCGAAUCAGAUAUGCACAUAGCUCAGGUUACUAUUGACUUUUUAACCACCUUGGUGUCGGCUCAUCCUGCCUCUCUUUCCAAGCUUAACACUCAGACCCUACCCCAACUUUUUCAACUUGUGCACUCCCCUCUGCUCCAAGGAGGAGCCCUUACCUCCAUUUUGUCUUUAUUAAGAGCAUUGGUUACUAGCCAUACUCCCCAUCUUGGUUAUAGUGAUCUCCUCAAGCAACUGACAGGGCCAGUGACCUCUUCGGGGUCUACACCUCACAAACAGGCCUUCACCUCUGUGGCUAAGUGUGUGGCUUCCUUAGCCAGUGCUUGUCCUAAAGAGUCCAAUUCAUCCAUCAGCCAGUUCAUACAGGAUGCUAAAAGCCCUCGUGCUGGUGACCAUUUGAAAGUGUUGGCCUUCUUGACCUUGGCAGAGGUGGGACGUGAGAGGAACCUUGGAAGCCAGCAGAAGGAGUUGAAAAGUGUGAUCCUAGAGGCCUUUGCAUCCCCCAGUGAAGAGGUGAAGUCUGCAGCUUCCUAUGCUCUAGGGAAUGCUUGUGUUGGAAGCCCAGCAGAUUUCCUGCCAUUCUUGCUGCAUGAGAUUGGAGGACAGCUGCGGAGGCAGUAUCUUCUGCUACAUUCACUGAAGGAAGCCCUGACAUCCCUACCCAGUGAGGAGCUAAGGCCAUACCAGGAGGAUGUAUGGAAACUCUUGCUUGAGCACUGUGAAGCCACGGAGGAAGGCACCAGAAAUGUGGUGGCAGAAUGUCUUGGAAAACUAUUACUGGUGGAUCCAUCACAGCUUCUACCAAAACUAUGUAAACAGCUAAAAUCAGGUUCUGCUCAUACUAGAAGUACUGUCAUUACAGCCAUCAAAUUCACCAUAUCUGACCAGCCAGCUCCCAUUGACAGCUUGCUGAAGAAUUGUAUAGGAGACUUCCUAAAACCCCUGCAGGACUCCGACCCCAACGUGCGACGUGUGGCCCUGGUCAUGUUUAAUUCUGCAGCACACAAUAAGCCGUCUCUGGUCAGGAAGUUGUUGAACAGUGUUCUCCCUCCUCUGUACAAUGAGACGAAGGUCCGGAAGGAGCUGAUCCGAGAGGUGGAGAUGGGCCCCUUUAAACACACAGUAGAUGAUGGAUUGGAUGUCCGGAAAGCUGCCUUUGAAUGCAUGUACACCUUACUGGAGAGCUGCCUGGACCAGCUGGAUAUUUACGAGUACCUGAACCACGUGGAGGACGGCUUGAAAGACCACUAUGACAUUCGGAUGCUAACCUUCAUCAUCCUCACUCGUCUGUCCACUCUGUGCCCCAGUGCAGUACUCCAGCGCCUAGACCAGCUGAUCGAGCCCCUACGUGCCACCUGUACUACUAAGGUAAAGGCCGGUUCAGUGAAACAAGAGUUUGAAAAACAAGACGAGCUGAAGCGCUCGGCCCCUGAGAACCAUCAGUGCUCUCCUCACCAUCCCGGAGGUGCAGAACAGCCAGACCAUGGCGGAGUUCCUGUCGCAGAUCAGAGCCAAUCCAGAGCUGGCCUCCUUGUUCGAGAGCAUCCAGAAAGACUCCAUGUCCAUGUGCAGCACAGAGAUUAUGGACCUGAGCUAAGAACUUCCAAUGACUUAUUAAUGCAGAUCUUAUAG